AUGAAGGUUCUCAGGAGCGGGUGGUUCGUGCUCUUUCUUGCAGCCGCAGCCUGGGCGCAGGAUACCCUGGUCUCCGUUACGUGUGGCCACGCGUGGCUCGCCGUGGUGGUGCCGGCUGGAUUCCUGGGGAGCCGCGUGGCCAGUGGGGAGCUGACGCUGGGAUCCGGCUGUGGGGUGACCACCGCUGAUGGGGACGGGUACUGGCUGAAGCACUUGCUCGUGGGCUGCGGGACCACCCUGGAGCUUCUCCCGGACAGCAUCCACUACAGCAACGUCCUCCACUACCGCCCUUUGGCUGGGGGGCCCGUGGCUCGUGCCAGACCCUUCUCCCUCCCCGUGGACUGUUACUACCCCAGGAUGGGCAGCGUUUCAUCUGGGGCCAUCCAGCCCACCUGGGUCCCCUUCGGUUCCACCGUCGCUCACCGGAGACGCUUACGUUUCGCCUUGGAUGUGUAUGACAGUACCUGGUCCUCCCGCCUGCACCAGCCCACCUAUUCCCUGGGGGAAUUGAUCAACAUCGAGGCGUCGGUGAGCGCCGACCCCCGGCUGCCCUUGAGGGUCUUCGUGGACGAGUGCGUGGCCAGCCCGAGCUCGGCGCCGUGGCUGGAAUACAAGGUCAUCACUGACAACGGGUGCCUGCUGGAUGGGCAGCUUGGUCGUUCCCGCUUCCUACCCCAACGUGGAGACCGCUUCCUCCGCUUCCAGCUGGAUACCUUCCUGUUCCCAAACGCCUCCGGCAGCCAGAUCUACCUCCGCUGUCACCUGAAGGCUGUGGCAGAGGGAGCUGGCAGCACCUCCGGCAAAGCCUGUUCCUACGACCCUGCGGCAGCCGCCUGGCACUCCCCCGAUGGGGUCAACUGCUCGUGCUGCGGCUCUCCGGCCGGCUGCGGGGGCCGGCGGCGGCGCCGGCUGACUGGCAGCGGAGGGCUCCUGGGGGAAGCCAGCGUCCGUCUCGGUCCCCUGGGGCUGCUCUCGGUUCUGCCCAGCUCGUCCCCGGCCCCCACGGAGCUCCCCACGGCACUGGAGCCCAGCCCAGCACCGUCUCACCGCCCCUCGGUCCCCGUGGUACGGGGGGAGAAGAAGGACUUGGGGCUGGCUGUCCCUGUCCCCGGCACCAUGCUGGCCAUGGUGGCCAUGUGCUCCAUCCUCACCGCCAUGGGCAUAGCCGGCUGCUACUGUUCGGUGCGGCGUCACCGGCGCGGGCACGGGGUGGGUGACCCCGAGGCAGCCCUGGGGGAGUCCCGUGCUGUGGCCAUGGCCCCCACCGCAGCCGGCGGUGCCGAGGCCACCCCCGAGAAUUCCCUUGCUCCUGCAGACCCUGCCGUUGUGUGAGCCUCCUCGUUUUAGAAAUAAAUUUGUAGCAG